AUGCACUUGCAUGUGGAACUCGUGGCUCUUUCUGCCUUGUUGCUGCCAGCUCUCCCGGUCUUCGCUCGCCCAGCUCCUGGUGGGAUUUGGGAAGGUACCAAUGGGCAUGAUAACAUCGCAAACUUAGAUCUGAAUGAAGAAAAGUAUGGCUAUGAAUAUGGCUAUGGCUUCAGCCACAUUCCCGAGCAAGCAGCGGGUGGCGGUCCCGACGACCACUGCGGAGGUCAAGGAAACGGAGGCCAUGGUGGUGGCCAGGGGGGCGGGAAUGGAGGAUAUCCGGCCGCUUCGACUGUGACCAUCAGCGAUUGCACCACCGCGCCCACCACUACCGUCACGGUUACCAUUGACGAUGGCGGCAAUGGCUUUGCCACCGUCACCGAGACCAUCAGUCAAUGCACUGCAACCGUCACCACCGAUGAUGGCGGGGCCUCGGCCAACAUCGUCACCACUACCGACACGGAGACCAUCAUCGACACCGUGACGGCCUGCACCGCGACGACUACCGACUGGAUCACCAUCACCGAGGACGGCCCAACCGUCACGGAGACCGUCGAAACUGCCGGCCCUACCGUGACCACCACUGAGACGGAAGCUGCCGAGACGGUGACUGUCCCUGGUUCUACCACCACCAAGACUGAGACCGACACUCAGACUGAGACCGACACCCAAACUGUCACCCAAAACCAAGUUGUCACCGAUACGGUCACUACCACUGACACCAAAACCCUUGAAGUUACUGUCACCGUGACUGCCAGUGAUUGCACCCCCACCGAUGGCGGCGGCGGCUUGGACUACGGCGAUUGUACAGACCCGACCAUCCUCUAUGAGUACGGGCUAGAUGGCCGCACGGGCUACUCCUACACCACUCGCAAUCAGGGGGACUUCCCAUUCGGCUCCGACACGUCUAUCCACAGUCCUGAAGACUUGAUCUGCAACCGACUGCGAAGCCCUUGCAAUGCGCCCCAGGAGACUAUCGACCGGUGUUACGAGGCUGAGAGUGCGACGGCGAAUCUGUCGGGACAGGAAGCGGCUGAUGUAUGGAAUGCCAUGAUGACCUAG